AUGGCCGAUUCGAGUAUCAAAGAAGGGACUGCCAAGCGACUUGACGUUAAGUACAAAUGCAAAGUUAACCUUCCCGCCGAUACUCCUUCGGGACACCCACACAUAAUCAAAUGGAAUGCUGGAGUUGACAAGGACAAAAUUCCACGCGAUUUGUUUACAGUUGACGUAAUUGCUACUAUUCUCUAUGAAUUCAACCCGUCGGCUCUCAGUCAUUUGCUCGAUGUUCAAGAGGGACAGUUUUAUUGCUGGUGGGAAGCAAACGGGCAUAUCAAGGAAUCUGAGAACGGUAGAGAGGAUCAGAGUGAAACCGUGGAUAGCGAGAGCAAGGAAUCCGGGGACUUGUUGCCAGAAUAUAUACACAUUCAUCGCGUAGGACAGUUUGUUCGAGUCAGGAUCGUUCGUUAUGUGGGUCGUUUCUUUGAUUUGGAAGUAAAUUAUGCUAUCUGCGAUAAGGGUAAAUGGGAGAUUGUGAGCUCUCAGAAUCGGAGUCAUGAUGAGAAAUAUUACCUAUAUACCAGCUCUCCAGAUCUUUGCAAAGCACACGACCAUAAAUUAGCAAGAGUGAUCUUCCGCGAGUCAGCUUUCGAAGACAAGAAGAACAUGCAAAUAGGCUACCACCGAGACUAUGGGCUUGAAAAAGGAGCCGGGGCUCCAAAAUAUUCCAGACGCAAGACACAAACCGUCUCAAAUGUGGGCCGUAUCACCGAAGUUUCUGAAAAGGUUCAAGAAAGUGAAUUUGGUUCCGGAGGUAGUAGUAGAUACGUGGAAGAGAUGUCUGAGGUUCAAGGUCGGCUGGACAAACUUCAGAAGUCAGUCGAGGAGUUGACAAGCUAUUUGAAGAAGAGAAAGCGCGAUGAUUGA